AGAGAGAUCAUCGAAUUUUGAAAAGUAGAAUAAAAUAAUGUUCAUCAACAACGUAAAUAGUCGGUACUGCAGAGUAUCAUUUUUGAAAACCGGAACACGUAACCAAAUGGAAUACUGCUAUCGAAAUGACAAGAUGGCACGUCAGCAGCAAGCAGACGUUGACGAACUUUUUGACGUGAAAAAUCACUUUUAUAUUGGCAAUUAUCAACAAUGUAUCAACGAAGCGCAAAAAAUCAAGUCAUCUUCGCCGGAGGUGGCAAUGGAGCGAGAUGUAUUUCUUUACCGUGCUUACAUAGCACAGCGGAAAUUUCGUGUUGUCUUAGAUGAGAUUAAUAACUCAUCACCCCCGGAUUUGCAACCGCUUAAAAUGUUGGCCGAUUACUUUGCAAAUCCCAGCCGUAGAGAGGCAAUAGUCACAGAGCUACAAGAAGCGACGAACCGUGCUAAUUACGAUAAUCAUAACUUCUUGAUCGUUGCUGCAACCAUUUACUAUCAUGAGAAAAAUUUAGAAGCAGCUCUUAGGAUACUUCGCAAUGUUGAUCAUUUAGAAUGUUUAGCUUUAACAUUGCAAAUCUAUUUAAAGAUGGAUCGAUUAGAUCUUGCGAAAAAAGAAUUGAAAACAAUGCAAGAGAAAGAUGAUGACGCCACGUUAACUCAGUUAGCACAAGCAUGGUUGAACAUAAGCAGCGGCGGUGAUAAGCUACAAGAUGCUUACUAUAUAUUUCAGGAAAUGAUAGAUAAACAUUCCAGUACAAGUAUGUUGUUGAACGGACAAGCUACUUGUUUCAUUGGACAGGCUAAAUACGAAGAAGCUGAAACAGCCUUACAGGAAUCUCUGGACAAAGAUAGUAAUAAUCCUGAUACUUUAAUCAACAUGAUUGUUCUUUCACAACACAUGGGAAAACCUCCCGAAGUCGCUAAUCGUUAUCUGAGUCAAUUGAAAGAUUCCCAUUUGGAGCAUCCAUUUGUCAAAGAGUAUUUACAAAAAGAAAUAGAGUUUCAGAGGCUCAGAAAGCAAUAUUCUUCGUCCGCCUAAAUGUAUUGAAUCGUAUAGCAUUUUAUGGAUUAAAUUAAACAUGAGUAUUAAGA